AUGGCAAGUAACGGACGAAGGUGUAUGGUUCCGGCAAAUUCGUGCAUAACCGGUGCAUGGAGAGGGAUUGUGGACGAACCCCACUAUUUUUUCACAGAGGCUAAUCCCUUCCGUCGCUCAUCUGGAAGAGAGAACUAUCUGCGCUUCCUCAAUAGCAAUGUGGAAUAUAGCUUCGAACGGGGGAAUUUAUUUAGGGCGGAAGCUUUUACUAAGGCUGUGAGCAGUGCCAAGGAGAUCAAUUAUGUUGCAGCGAACUGCCAACUGCUGAUAACUCCUCUGGACGAAAGUGGAGAAAUCUGUCGGAAUCCGGAUGUGCAAGUGCCAUGGUCAGAUGUUUUAAUGGUGAGGUGUUACCAAACGGAGGAGUCUGUGUGUCCCAUAUGCUUGGAUGCGCCAGUUUUACCACGUAUGGGACCAUGCGGACACGUCUACUGUUAUCUUUGUGUCAGUUGUUAUAUUGCUUUUGAGAACGAUACCUCCUGCAAACAAUGCGCUGUUUGUGGGGUUCAGUUAAGAACCAAUGAUUUGAGAAGGGUUCGUAUUUUCCCGUCUCGUGUUCCAAAGGUCGGCGAUAUGGUUCGGUUGGAACUUAUGCGUCGCCGCAAGAGGUCCAUUUUCCCGACGGUCGCGAGUGAAAUGCAAGGAGAUUGGAGAAGCGGCGGUCGUGAGGCUGACGUUGCCGCGAGAUUUUUAUCCCGCUUGGCAGUGGCAAAACGGGAAGAUAUAAGUGAGCUUGUAGAUGGGGAUAUAGCCACAAUGGAGGCCAUUCUGGCAGAAGGCCAAUCGGAGGAGGUAGAUGAACAAAGGUUCCUCAUUGCAAAGAGAAUUUUGCGUAAACUUAAGGCAGAAAAGAAGGUCAUGGAAGAUGUCAUGAUCUCCACAAGCGAUGAGGCUUCGUCUGUCCCAGAAGACACUACAGCUGAGGACUACUUCUUUUACUACCAAGAAGUCAGUGGCCAUGACGUCUACCUUCACAGCAUGAACUGGCGAUGUCUUGUGGAAGAUUUUGGUGUCUCUAACUUACCCCAAGAAAUUAGGGGCAAGGUUGUCGAAGUUGAGACUUACACCAUGAGUUCGACAUUGCGCAGUCGGUAUCGCCAUCUGAGACACCUGCCUUUGGGGCGUACGUUUCGUCUGAUAGAGAUUGAAUUCGAGAGUCCGAUUAUCAGUGCAGAGACCCUUCUUCUGGUGUCAGACAUACUUGCCAUGCGACAGCGCCGAAGAGAGCAAAAAGAAGCUCGUGAAAGGAGUCUAACGCGCGCCAAAGAGGAAGCUGAAGACCUGCUUCUGUCAGUGCCUGCUGAAUCGCGACCGUUCAUUCGUACGUCGUGGACACAAGUGGUUCCCACAGACGAGGACUUUGUUCCUCUGGACGUUGCCAUGGCGGAGGUGUUGUCGUCAAGUCGAUGUCACUCAAGUCCUGUUCUGCCAUCACUACUGCCAUCUUUCAUCUCCUCGGCUGGUCUAUCAUCUGGGACUGUGGUGGCUAGUGGCGCCUGCGUUGACGGAAUGGAAUCCCCUGAAAAGGUGAAAACGACCUCCUCUUGGCUCGAUGUAGCCUCCAGAGGUCAGGGCGUUGGAAGUGGUACCAUCACUGCUGCUGCUGCCACCACCUCUAAUGCCACUGCUGCUGCCAACUGCUCUGUGUGGUCCUUGUCACAGGCCUCAUCAUGCACAGCAGAUUCCUCUGUGUUUGGCCAUGACUCGUCUAGCGCCGUCCCUGCGAAUGCACAAGAAGCGGUGUCUGUAUCGAGGUCGAGACGGAAGAAGGGUCGUGCGAAGCACGCCGAACACCGAUUGCGAUGGAAGCGCCUUCUGACCUCCAGCUUGGAUGCAGCAGUCACUGCAAAUGUGAUGUUUAUAAUGGAGUUGAUUGGUGGCUAUUUGGAAGGCAUUACGUGUGAAAGAAGAAGGAGAAGAGGUGGUGUGGAUGCAAGUGAGAUGGAAGUGGAGGACGAGAUGGAGGGCGAAGUGGAAGAAGUGCCUGUGAAAUUGAAGGACCGCCUAACUCAGAAGACGAUACUCUGGAUGGGUGAAUUGAACUCUCCUCUUUUGGAUCUGUAUUCCUUAUCAAUAUGCGAUCUGGAGGACGAAAAUCCUUUGUUUCAAAAUAUCAAUGAAUCGUUUUUGCACCUGAAAAAGUUGCUGGCGUUCAAUUCUGUGGAUGAUCUGCGAACAUUUUUUCGGUCUGAGGACUUUGGGACUGUUGAAGAUGUUUCCACAUUCUGCGGUCGAAUCAACUGCUGUCCAGUUUCACAAAGGCUGUUUAAACGUUUUAUGAAACGUGGUCCCUCACUUCAAUGCAUCAGUGCGUUUUAUUUGUCACUAAACGAGGAGAUACCUGGUGGUCUGGAAAAUAUAUUGAAACUGCCGGAUAACUUAGCUCUAAUGGUUUUAUCCGUAGGUGCUCUCGAAAGUGUUAACGUUGUCCAUGAUUUCCUUGCGGAUUUACGCGUAUUUGAGGCCUUAUACGAAUCGAUCAGGGACGAACAGCAGUUUAUCUACUCAUGGAUGCAACACACACUGAUCUCUGAUAGCGAUGAAGAUCCACCUUGGCAACAGCACUCAAUAUCUGAUCGAAUGGUUGAAAAUGUUCAAGACGCUCUACGAAUCUGCUCCAAGGAGUUUCUCUCAUUUCUCUCCACUGUCAAACUUUGUGUGAAAGUAAGCAAAUUUUUCUACGAUGCCUCAGAAUUUGUCCACGCGUUUCGCGCCUCCUACGCUACCUUCAAGUCCGUCCAUGCUUUUUCUCUCGCCAAUUCGGAUCUCGAAGCUACUAGCAUUCGUUGGGAGUAUGAGACUCUCUGCGUUAUGCUGCAAUCAAUGAAUGCCUACGCCAUGUAUCUGGAUCCGGAUCACCGGGAUAUUCUCUACAAGAUAGCACCACAGGUCCUUCUGCGGGUAAAUCGGUUAGGAUUAAGUGUUGCCUCAGACAGCGCUACUGAGGCGCAGCUGCUGACUUCGCUUCCACGAGGCGACAACAACUCGGGCUUUCGGCGUGGCCUUUCAACCCUCUCAUUUUCACCAGGAACAAUGGCGAGGAUCAUCUACCAUGCACCUGACCCCUCGGCUGGCGAUUCCCCCUCUGCAUCCUGUUCGGCGCGGCGAACUCAAUCCGAGGUGUGUAGCAAGAAGUCCGAGGCCAUAGAGAGUGUCGACACCCUCUCUGUCGGUGCCCUGAACCUGGAGAGGAGGCAGGAGGAGGAUUGUGAGCAGGGCCUUAUACCUCCGAUGGAAGUGCAAGUUGAGGAUGAAAACGAAGGUGAUGAUACCGAGUUAACGCAGUUUUUGUCUCUACCACUCACUACCACCACUAGUGGUAGUGACUCUCCACCUCGUCAGCCCAUCUGCAUGGCUUUUGGACUCGCGGAAUUGGGUACCUUCUACUAUGCCCUCUGCAACUACCGCCUCGCCUUUCGUUUUGCUAUGUUGGCACUGGAGCAGAUUAGAAUGGUGCCGUGUACAUCCCGUGUGGUGAUUCAGGUGCUGCGAUUAGCCUGUCGCAUCUGCAUCAUUCAGAGGAAGUAUGCUCUCGGUGUGAGGCUUAUCAAGUGGCUGGCAAAGUUCACCAGGGAAAAGUUGGGCUCUCACAACCUCCUCUAUGCCAAUAUCCUCCUUGACUACGGCUGCCUCCUUCUUAACACUGAUAAUACCACAAAAGCUGCUGAACUCUAUCGAAUCGGACUGGCAAUGGUGGCGGACUGUUUGCCUGGCUUGAGCAUGGCGGCGUCAUUGGCUUUGGAGGACUUGGCCUAUGCCUACUACGUGCUAGAGUACACCUCGGGCGAGUUCGACUUCGCUUUGAACUGCGCGGAUAGGGCUAUUGAUAUGCUGAGACGGCUCAGACACCAGUACUGCAUGCAGUGCGCCUCUGCUAAUCGUGUCAAAGCUCUCAUCUUGGAGGAGAUUGCAAUUGACGACGGCAAUCCCGAGGUGAUGCACGCGAAACUAAUGGACGCCAGGAAUCUGCAUUUACUCUCACUGGAUUUAUGUGAAAGGACUUUCGGUGUGUGGAAUAUUCAAACAGCCAAACACUUUGGUAAUCUUGGUCGUCUUUUUCAAUCCCUGGAACACAACCAGACUGCGGAAGAAAUGCAUUUGAAGGCCAUUAUGAUCAAGGAGCGUCUUCUGGGUCCAGAUGACUUUGAAGUAGGUCUCAGUAUCGGCCAUCUGGCUAGCCUCUAUAACUACCAUAUGAAUAUGUAUGAUAAAGCAGAGGAACUCUACCUUCGCUCCAUUCAGAUCAGUUUGGAUCUCUUCGGUCCCGGCUACAGUGGCUUGGAGUACGACUACCGGGGUCUGCAGCGUGUCUACCGCAAGACGAACAAUGCACAGAAGUUGGCGGAGUACAGUCGUUUGUUCGACGAGUGGAUGGAGCACAGGUUGGAACACCACAUGCCAGAAUUUAUGCAUUUCCUCGCCAGCAACGAGACGGAACACUUUGAACCGAAUCCACCGGAAGGCACUUCUUUGGAACAGUUAGUGGUAGACUUCCACGGCGAAUUUGACUCCAGACUGGGCAUUGCAGCGGUGCAGAGUGGUGUAGAGACAGUGGAAGUGAUUGGCAGAACUGUCACUCCGACAUUGGAGGGCGAGGCGAGUCGUUCUACGGGAAAAAAGUCUCGCUAUCCCGCCAUCACUGCUUUUGAAAUGUUUAAAUUUUUGAGAUACUUUCACCGAAAAGAGCGUGUCAACACCAACACCUCAGCAUUAGCUGACGCACAAGGUAACAUUGAGAAGGAGAAAUUCUACCGUCAGCGACGCAAUACCGCGCGUAUGCGUAUGCGUCUCCUACGAUGGAUUGUGUGGAUGGAUUUUGCGGGCACUACUACACUUCAUGGACCGGCUCACCUCUCCACCACUCGGGGCAAAACUCGCAUCUACUAUGCUUUGGUAGUGACCCUUUGUUCCAUUCUCUUCAUUUUUCAUACCGCCCACCUUAUUCGUCACUUUCGAGCCUAUCCCAUUCUCACCGCCAUUAAGUACGAUAACAUGGAUUUUCGUUAUCCGGACAUCACACUGUGUCCACACAGUCCCUUUACUGACGCUCAAUUGUUCGCAGAUAAUGAGACUUCUGCACUAAUAGAACGAGUCUAUGCCAUGGCCAAGGAGAAGUGGUGGCGAAAUCCCGAUGUUCUCAACAUGUCACCCAAUGCCUUUGUUAAACGAAGCCUUCUUGGACAGUUCUAUCGAAAUUCCUUAAAAAUUGGGAAAAGACUAUUUGAUCAUGUCAUUUUUUGCGAGUUGAAUGGAGUAGACUGUCUGGACCAAUUCCUAGUGACUGAGCAUCCAGUGUAUUACCGAUGUUUCACAUUGCGUAUCAAGCAAAAUCCACCAUUUCCAGCUGGACCGACACAUGGAGUGCAAAUUGUGUUGCAUCGAGGUCCAAGGAAUGCUCAACCACUGUUGGUUUUGGACGAAAGUGAACCCUUCCUUGUGCAGUCAAAUGUGGCACCACUUAACAAGAGUAGUCUGCGUCCUAAUGCCUCGCGGGUAACCGCUGCUCUGCCUAAAGAUGGCUUUUAUGUGGUUUUCCAUGAGUACAAGACCUUUCCAAAUUAUCCUCUACAGAAUCUGGCUAAUGGACUAACCCUGCGUUACGGUCGAUUCACAAGGAUCGGGUUAUCGUCUAUGGACUUGAAUUCAAUCAACCUUAAGAGGCGUCCCUGUUUAUUCUCUGAAAGCAUUCCAAAAAUUCAACUAUCCAGGCAUGAUCGCAUGUCGGACAGUAAUUUUAAAUCAGAUAAACCUAAGGAGGAUGAAACCCUAUCAGAGUUCGAGUACACUCAACAAUCGUGUCUGGCAAACUUUCGACAACUUUUGACCAAAGAAGAGUGUGGGUGUUUCUCUGACGCCUAUUCCAUUCCCUACAGCGCACGACAUGUGGGGCUAAAAUAUUGUCUUGAUGUGGAACAGAGCUCCAGCAAUGUUGUCAAGAUGCCCGAAAUUAUUGCCUGUGUUCAUAAAGUGGAAAAUAUGACAGACGCUGAGAUUGCAAAAGCAGUGAUACCCACGAUUCCCGGUGAUGGUAUGAAGGGAUGUCCACUGCGCUGUGAUCAGCGCGACUUUCAUAUUCAUCUGCACUACACCUCUGACCUGAAGCAAGACUUUGAUCCGGAGAGAUUCAUAACUUACUUUGAACGUGUUCAACUUCUGGGUAAGAAUAACAGCUUCACACCACACAUACAAUUGGAUGGUGCAAAGAUUAAUGCUACAGAGCUCAUUGUUUUGGACAUUAGUCCUAUAUCGGAGGGCGUGAGCCAGAUAGUAGAAGACCGCGCAUACACGGUAAUUCAAUUUCUAAGUGAACUGGGUGGUGUUUCGGGCUUGUAUGUUGGCAUAACGCUCUACACUUUAGCGGAGUUAUUUGAUCUCACGGUGCGCUUCCUCAUGCUCUUUGUUCCCUAUAUUUGGUACCAAUUUCGUUAUAAAAGGCAAAAGAAGCAUAAUAAAAGCUUUCAAGACCUGAUGGAACAGAUCGAAAAGGAGCCUGAGGAUACAUCGGCUGUGGAGCGUUUUGAGGCUUUGAUGUCGCAAUGGCGCUCUGAGCGGAACCAAGCAGGAUAUAUCCCCGUGGAAAUACUAACUCAACUAGCUGGGCUCUUUGAGGAGCAAAUCAACAUUUACUACCAUGCCGAUCCAGAUCCAUUGGAUGAUAGACAUCCGCUACGCGCGCAAAGUAAAUGCGAAUUCGGACUUCUGCUGCGUCUUAUUUCCGCCCACGAUACCUUUUUCAAUCGUCUCACAGAAUAUCUCUGCUGCAGCGAUGAUCCCCACAACUCCACUGUUCGAGCUGCAGCCCGUCUGCUUUGUUGCAUCCAGCUCGGUGUCACUAUCUCAGUAACAGUCUCCGAGACGGACAGUACAGUGAAUUCCCUCUACAAAUUCGCCUUCAGUAAUGCGGAACCAACUAACUGCUAUGCUCUUCUCAUCCUUGGUUCAAUUCUUGACAAUGCAGAACUUUUGUAUGUCACUAAACAGCGAAAUAUUGAGUUGGUGUCCGUGGUCCUUGAGCGAAUGUCAACCUACACGGCAGCACUCGAUCAGGACAUUGCUGAACAUCCUACCCCAAACAAUGAUGAUUUUAGCCGUCGAUUGGGUUCCUUCUGUUUAGAGCCGCUCAAUUGGGAAACCAAACUGCGGCUCUGUAUGACUUACCUUACCUCUUUAGCGGAGUAUCAAGAUAUGAUGCCCUUCAUGUACGAUGGAGGCGUGCUGAAAUACGUCUACCUCUUCUUAGAGCCGAAAUACUCAUCGCGUGACAUACGUCUCACCUUCGAGGCACUUCGUCUACUGGCCAAUCUCCUCUGUCAUCGGUGCAUUCACCUGGACUUUGUCGAGUCGCAGGGGUUGGAACUGUUGAUGAAGGUGCCUAGACCCUCAGUCGCUGCUACUGCUGUCGGUGUAGUGAUGUACUACACCUCGUACUUUGAAGACGCCAUGGAAAGGAUGUGCACCCUGCGGCCGAAGCUAUUGGAGGAUCUGAUGUCGUACGCCCUGUGGCUAGUGGAGUGCUCGCAUCCCUCGGCGCGCUGUUAUGCCCUCUACUUUCUCAACAUCGCCCUCUGCUACGGUGCCUUUUUCCGCAUCUUCACCGCACGCAACGGUCUGCGCUACCUUUUCAAUGCUCUCUGCGUACUGCCAAUCCGUUUGACAGAAGACCAAACCAACGUGCAGAAGGACACGGCCUCGUGGCAUGUGGUGCGUGCCAGUCUUCUCACUAUACGACGCUACUUGGACAUUAGCCUCCUCCGUUGGAUCGAUUCCCUCGACCCCUCCCUCGCCGGGGUCUUUGAUGAGCCACCCAAAUUGGUCCUAGCUGCUGGUAAUAGGUUGAUCAGCUAUACUACGGAGCAGAUGAACCGCCUCAUCUCCCUAGUGGUCUCACGUAUGCGUCCCUCCACCACCUUCUCGCCCAUCCUGGAGCUCCACAAUUUAGGUGCUAUUCCAGUGCUCUACCGCAUAAUUGCUCGCAACGCCUAUGCCCACGCCAACUGGCCGGGGCGUAACGAGUGCACUCGGCUAGCAGUGGACAUCCUUAACGUCAUGUGUCUAUCUGCCGACUUGGCUGAGGAGAUUGUGGCCACUGACGUCUACUCUUUUCCCGGUGGUAUCACCUUCUCUGGCAUCUCUCCCCUGCGUAUCUUCCGUUCGCCCCGACGUAGAGGUCGGAACUUUGUGGAAAUUAUCGCCGAGACUAAUUAUGACGAUGAUGAUGAGGAUCGGGAUGACGAGAACCCUGCUGGCGGCGGUGAGGGAAACGUCGGAAUCAAUGAGGCGGAGGAGGACGAUGAUGAGAUGCAAGUUGUGGUAGGCAGUGGACUCCAUUUGCGUCCCAGUCUUCAUCGAGGCACAGCAGAGCUAGCGAAUUCAAACUCUACACCACCGUGGAGGAAUAACAACGGCGACAAUAACCCUUCAAGGAGAGGAUUGGGCCAUGGUCGACGAUCUGCUCCUCCUCCUGGAAAUUCUCGUCGGGAUAUUGAUCGCCUAGCCGAUGAGCCGUCUUCUGAGGAUCAUGUCAAUGGACUUCUCAUGUUGAUCACGCUGAUCCGCGAUGACGAAGGUUGGGAUGUGGCGGUGCAGAAGGCCAUCCUCUCCUUCAUCGGCACCCUCGUCUACCGUCCCAUUGACGAGCGUGAGCAUCCCGACCAACCGGUUCUUGCAGGCAGUGUAAUGCCUCCAAACACAUACCCCGCCUGUCUCGAUGACAGCACCUUUGCUACACCCAAGAAUCGCCUUUUUCCAUCUGGUGUCCUGAGUCGCGGUAGCAGCUCUCGAAAGCGGAGACUGGAUGAAAUUCUUUCCCCUGGUGAGGACUCAUUUUCCCUUGUCUCGCAUUGCAAAAGUCUCGCCCUCGCCACUCCCGACAGCUCGCGUCCACAACGUUAUUCGCAUGGUAAACCUUCGGGCACCCCGAAUCCAUCUGUCUCUACCCCUCCGGUCCUUCUGCGACAGCAGAUGCGUCUUUGGUGCGCCGUGCGUCGACAGCAUGGGUUGAUGUUUUUGCUGCACCAGUUGGACGUCACUCAGCCCAUCUCGGAGGCGGAUAGCAUACGGACUCUCGCCUGUCGUGGACUUGUGGGAAUGGCACGCAGUGAAGAGGUGCGAUCGAUGCUCGCGAAGUUGCCUCUGUUCACUAAAUCGCAGCUACAGCUGCUGAUGAAGGAGCCUAUCCUGCCAGACAGGAUGGUGGAACACGCGGAGUUUUGUCGCUAUGCCACCCUCCUCAUGCGACUUGUGUUGGGCAGCCUCUCCGAUGGCAGUCUCACCGACGGUGACAUGUCUAUGGACCGGGUGCGUCGUGCCGUCAUUGUUGCGCGCACACGCAUCCAGUGGGACCAUGAGGAGCUGCUGGAACUCAUCUGGCGUCAUCUUCAGGCCAAAGGUCUGCAUAAGUCGGCAGCGAUUCUGCAACAGGAGGCGCGUCUUCGACUGGGCAACUCGUUGCCACAUCAACUGCCGUUAUUCGGCCAUGACGGCGACUCCGAUUCGGAGCCUCCCACACCCCCUACCCUCGCCAAUACCAUCACCACCACCACCAGCAGCAACAUCGACGUUAGUACACCAACCCUGAAGGUCAACAAGAUCAAACCUCUCACCAACUCUUCUCCCAGUGUGUCCAAGACCUUCAGAGACCGACUGGAACGAACCCCCUCCCAUAAGCAACAGCUACAGCUGUCUCAAACCAGCUGUGUCAUGAUGUCUGGUGGUAGUGGCGGCAAUAGCGUCACCGCCACUCCCAUCACAGGCAGCGUUGGUGUUGGUGGCAGCAACACUACCGGGGAGUCAAGCGAGAUGACCCUGUCUAAGAUUGUGGAAUCCUUCCUCAUGCAUCAGCAUGCCCAGUGUCCCUACCCCGUCUCCGUGUGCCCCCGCUUCUCCCUUCACCAUCCACAUCGUUGCCCCGAGCCUCGGAUUGAUACGUGGCUCGGUCCCAUCGUCGGCGUUCCUAGUCUAGUGGCGGCACGCGAAUCUUUUGCUGGGUGUCAUCACAUGCGCUGCGCCCCACGUCGUUUUAUCCGUCGUUUCAUUCACAGUCGCUUCAUGCCCAUCUUCACCGUGCGUGAUCUGGAUAAUGACCUCUACACGGCGGCCGCAUUUGGGCGAGGCGUCGAAAUGGGUGAAGGCGACGACGGUCUCUUUCUGGGCACCUCCACUGGCUCGGUGUGUUGGGUAAACGUGGAGGAGGCGACAUUACCAGUAGAGCUGUUCCGUGCUCAGACCUCUCCUAUCUGUCGGUUAGAGCAUGCGCGUGACGGACGUCGGCUUCUGGUUUGUACAAAUUGGGGCGAACCGGCGCUUCUUGUGGCACGACUAGAACAGCGGAACACUGACUGUGGAAAUACCAACAGCGCUUCUGCUCCCUUCUACUCCAAUCCGGACAGACCUGUAUUUGCUGCUGAUUCUGGGAAAUACGCUGAAUUCAGUCGGACAGGGACACAAAGCAUGUUGGUCGCUACUGACGGAAAGAUAGCCAAAAUUUUCGAUCUGACAACAGGUCAGCGCGUCAUUGACCUCUUCUCUUCAGUGAAACAGAGCGACUACCUGAUGAACAAAGCCACUUUCUCCGUCGAUGAUCAUCUCGUAUUAAACGACGGUGUCGUAUGGGACAUCCGUUGUCCUGGUUCAGGUAGUACAACACGUCCAGUGCACAAAAUUGAUAAAUUUCAGGAUGUCGUCUCCGGGGUCUUUCAUCCAAAUGGCCUCGAAAUUGUGGUUGGAUCUGCGGUCUGGGAUAUGCGCACCUGGCGUCUCCUCCAUACGGUUCAAGCUCUGGACAAACUGGAAGUCACCUUCUCUGAAAACGCCGAGGUCAUUUAUGCCGGCAGUUUCGGCAUGGACUUCGACGAUCCAUUGGACGAGAUUGUUCAGAGUGGUCGAGUUGCCAUGCAGAGCAUGUUCCGUACAGUUGACGCCCUCGACUAUAGCCUCAUCGCCUCAGUAGACGUGAAGCAUCGCAUCGAACAACUGGCGGUGGAUAGGAGGGGUUUGCGCUUAGCACUGGUUGAAAAAUUUGGCGACAAAAAUGUCGAUGAACCCCUUAGUCAAUGUCGCGUCUAUUCCAUAGGACAGAAACGCUCCACUCGAGAGCUGGACACUGAGGAUGAUGAUGACGAGGAAGUGGAAGAUCGUCAUGACGACGAUGAUGAUGACGAUGACGCCGAUUAUGUUCACAUUCCUCUGUCCUCUUCUCCCACCUCGGUUGCCACGGAUGAAGAUGCGGAAGAUGAAGAGGAGGAGGAGACAAUGUCAGAGGGAAGUUCAGAAAGCAGCGAUGGUGGUUCAGAGUCCUCCUGGGAGACCGAGGAAGAAAUGGAAGUCUCCUCCUUCACUGAGGAAAAUUAA